AUGGCUUUACAUAGCAAAGAUGUUCUCACCAAUAUAAUUAAUAGAUACGCACCAAUUCCCCUGGGCGCUGAUUUAUCUGAUUUUACAGAAAACGAAAAGAUUGCGCUUUCCAAAUUGGUCGAUGCCGGAAAAUUGAUUGAAAGAAUCUACGUCCGUCAAAAGUGGAAAGGUAACGAAGCUCUUCAUGACCAACUGCGCAAUUCCACUCCACACGACGAAAAAGCCUUGAUGGUAUUUAACUUGCUGAAAGGGCCAUGGGAUCGCGUUGAUGGCCUGGUCUUUCAUAACCUUCCAAACAUCCCUCCUCACAAACCAGAGGGAGGAAAUUUCUAUCCCGAAGAUAUGAGCAAAGAGGAAUUUGAAUCAUGGGUCAAAACACUUCCAGAGGAGCAACAGAAAAAGGCCAAAGGAUUCUAUCAUGUUGUUAGGAGAAGGGAGGAGGAUAGUGGUGAGGGUAAAAAAGGCGAACUGUGUCUGAAACCUUAUUCCGAAGAGUAUAACGAUUUGUUGGUUGAAGCUUCAAAAUUGUUGAGAGAAUCCUCGGAAUUGGUCCACGAUGAAUCAUUGAGUACAUUCCUGAGAACCCGAGCGGAUUCAUUCCUGAGCAAUGAGUAUUUGAACAGUGAGAUUGAUUGGUUGAACAUUAGCAAGGAAAGCCGCAUCGAAGUCACCGUGGGACCUUACGAAGUCUACACUGAUGAAUUAUUUUCUAUUAAAAGCGCUUUCGAAUUUUAUAUUCAUGCUCGCGAUUUUCCGUUUUCCAAGACCUUGGAAAAAUUUUCGUCAAGCUUACAAGAGGUAGAAGAUAGUUUGCCGGUACCAGAUGAGUACAAGAGCAAGGAUUUAAAGGCCACACCGAUUAUCGUGGUGAAUCAAUUGUUCGCGGCUGGUGAUGUAGCAGUACCAAUGACCGCCGCCUAUAACUUACCCAAUGAUGAAGAAGCCAUUAAGCGCGGAGGAUCCAAAUUGGUUAUCAUCAAAAAUGUACAAGAGGGAAAAUAUCAAAAUAUCCUGGAUCCAAUUGCGAAAUCCGUAAUUGCGCUCGACCAACUUCGGUAUUUGUCAUUCGACGCGUUCUUUACGCACGUUCUUCUUCACGAGGUUGCACACUCCAAUGGUCCACAUUACACGAUCGGUCCUCAUCCGGUUACGGUCAGGUCGCGCUUACAGGAAUAUCAUUCGGCGAUCGAAGAAGCGAAAGCCGAUAUAACUGGUUUAUAUGCUGCAGCUCAUUUACUGAAGACCGGCCUCUUGACUGCCCCCUCUAUAGAACAAUUUUAUGUUACCUAUCUUGCUUCCGCUUUCAGGUCCAUUAGAUUUGGAAUUAAAGAGUUGAAUUACAUUCUCUCUCAAGGCGGAUUUGCCUAUGAUCCUACCACGUUGCGUUUCAGCGUAAACUUCGCCUCCGCAGCAUCCGCGGUGUCCAACCUGACCCGCGAGAUUUUGAUAAUGCAAGGGGAUGGUGACAAGGGCCGUGUCAAGGAAUUCAUAGAUAAAUAUGGAAGCAUCAGAAAGGAAGUCAAGGAAACUUUGGAAAGGUUGGAAAAUGAAGGAAUACCUAUCGACGUUAGACCCCUCUAUGAAAUUUCCAAAGAAUUGAAUUUAACCUUAUAA